GUCUCAGUGUGUAAUAAAUUUUAGCUCCAGCUCUUGAGGCUGGGGGCAGAGCUGAUGCUGCAACUCGAACGAACAGCGCAGAGUUUGGGCUUGUGAUUGUGAUUGAUUUAUUGAUUUAUUGCUUCUGGGUUGUCUUGGAGUACUUAUCUACCACGCAAGGAGCGAUUGUGUACAAUGUAGAGCAAAACAGAGGGCAGUUGGGAUGAGCGGGAGAGAACUGGAAGGGACAUGGAGCUGUGCAGGCAUCAAACUUUGAAGUGGGUGCCAAGGUGCCUUGAUGAGAAUUGUUGUUUGACGUGGCGUCCACGAACUGGGUGUAAUCCGCAGCUUGUUGACUCUGAUCUACUGGUGGCCAAACAGUCGAAAGACCAUUUCCUACACCACCGAAGAAGGGUUCCUCUUGUUACGAACCAUCCGGGGCAAGGUGGUGCGAGCAAAAACACUGCUCAAAGAGCUGCUCAAAGCAGAAAGCUAGAACGACUUGGACCUUGCCAAUUAUUGUCUUUUUGGAAGAUUUUUUUGCAAACGGGGAAGCCUCAGUAACUGUUCUCCUCCUCGCUUCCGAUCUGCCAUCAGAUUCUGUCACGAGCAACGGCCCGCUAGUAGCUAGUAGGAGAUCACUUGGGACUCAACUUAUUGCCUGGCUGAGAAUUAGGAGCUCAUCACCCCUUUUCCUGUCUCUGGCAUAGCUAGCUACCGGUAGUCUGUUGUCGGUCUACUGCGAGUUGAUAGCUGAGUUGACUGGCAAUUUAAAAAAAAGGAUGGCAAAAGACCCUCCCUUUGCUCCACAUCUUCUGUAGACAAGUUGAGUGUCCAAGAGCUUGGGGGCUUGGAUCGAUGGCUGGGUUUCCUUAUUAGAUACUCGUACAGUACAUCUACAACCCGGUAACGGUAUGUAAAAAUUAACCCGAUCUCUAAUAAUUCCGUAGGGUUCAGGCUAAAUCCUUCAGACGUGUUUUCAAGGCGAAGUUGCAACCCAACAGAAAGUUGGUUGGUUGGUUGGGUUGUUGCUUCCUCCAGAAUUGGAGUCCAAAGAUACCAACAGAUAAUUUGCAGACAAUGGCGUCCACCACUAAGUCACCAUCCGAGGAUGCGGCCGCGUUGGAGCGAGUGCGUAAUCGAUUGGCCACUGCUCCGGAUGGCAAACUUGCUCAGAUCCUGUCGAAACUGUUGCCGAGAUUGGUCACCCGAUUCUUUGACAGCACGACUGUUUCCACGGAAUCGCCAGCCCAUUUGAUUGGGAUCCUGGAGCAUGUGCGAGAGCGCAUCUUGUUGAAUCCCAAACAACUAGUUGACCCAGUGUGGGUAGAGCCGCUGCUGGUGGCUAUCGAGUUCCCUUCGAACAGUAACGACUCAUCGGGAGAAUCGAUACUCUGUUGGACACGACAGCUGUUGUACACGCUGCCCAUUUUGGAAUUGGCGUUGCCGUCACUGGAGCAUUCCGCAUUUUCUCUGCCGCGGCUUUUGAUCCUUUUGGAACGCAUCCACUCUGUGUUGCCCACGCUCUGGGACAAAACGCAAGAGAAUCCAGGCACAAAUGCGACAGCAAGGCGGCAGCAAAAUCAGCACCCAAGGGCAAAUAACAAUAAUAAUCAUGGAGUGGCCAGAAUGGAAUUGGAGGAAGAUGACGAAGAUGAAGAAAUGGAAAUAACAGAGCAAUCCACCAAUAGUCAGCUGAAGCAAAUUUGGGAACAGGCAAGUUGGAUGGUAGUGGAGCAAAUCGCCAAGGCUUCCAAUCUGCAACCCUGUUUGGAUUGGAACUUGCUGGGCGAUGCUUGGGAUGAUUUCAACGCUCCCACCAGUUUCAAAAAGAUACAGGAGUAUCAACCCACAAGCGAGGAACAAGCCGCUGCUGGUAGUGGAAUCUUUCGCCUCUUGUUGGAUGCCAUUGCCUUUGACCCUGCUCAGAUUUCUCCUUUUGCUCACCGAUCGAGCAACAACUCUACUAGCCGGUGGCAAUUUAGACGACAAACGGAAACAAUCCAGGCGGAUUUUGAACACGCACAGCGGCAGAGAAAUGAAUGGCACGAACUGGCACGCCGUCAGAACCAAAACCAAUUCGUCCGCAGGGAUGUUUCCAGCCGUCACAAUCCCACUGCGUGGAACCAAUUCGAGAUUCGGUAUUGGCGGGGACUGCAACAAUGUCUGCGAUCAUAUACCAUCCAACUGUAUGCUACAGGCACAUCGGCAGAACGGGAAAACAUUCUACGAAUCUUGACGGGACAACCCAAACCACCUUGCGCAUUGCAGCUCUACAAACGUAUCAAACCUUCCGAAAUGAAAAAGGUCAAUGCUCGAAAGAGAGCAAAAGCCGCCGUCAAAGAGCAGAACAAGCUCACUUGUACCCUCCAUGAGGAAAUGGCAUUGUUGCAUAUCAUCUUGGGAGAUGCUGGGGCGCAACAAGUUAUCCAGAAACAGCCGACAACGUACACGGAUCGCAUCAUGGGAGGCUCCUGCAGUGAUCAGCCAUCAUUCAUGGCACUCCGACCCUUGCCACCGAGCUUGGCCGAACGAGCCUUUUCCCAAUUGCUGCAGGCAGGUCUCGACUUGAACAGCACAGCCGAGGCAUCAUAUGUGGAGAAUGACUUGGCCUUGUUUCUGGGCCUUUUGGGCCGCGUCAAGACAGUAUCAUCUCUCCAGAUCUCGAUUUCUUCCGAGCUCUACUUGCGGAUUGGGGCCAAAACUCCACCGGCCCUCUGUUGGCCGGUUCAUUUCUUGUGGAAAUUGGUAGAGCAGCUAUCGACGAAAGGCAAUAAUGGCUGUCCUGCAGCUUUGGCGGAGCAUGGGUACAAGGCUGCUGUGGAUUUGUUGGAGAAUCUGCAAGACAUCUCCGUGCAAAGGUUUGAGCGGGAGCAACGACUUGCCACACAACGCGAUGUAGAUCGAAGGAUUCACGAGCACCGAGACCAAGUUGCCAAUCGGCAUCCCUUUGUCGCGGAGGCGCUGGAAGCGCGUGCCGAAGCUUACCAACUGGUGACGAGAUUCAUGGCUGCAGAUAAGAUCAUGAGCGCGGGGGGUAUAAUAUCUUGGGGUGUCGCCGUGAAACUAUUGAAUUGCAUGGCGUUUGACAGCAACGAUCGAACCGCAUAUGCUCUCCGUGGGGCUGCAGCAAAAGUGUUGUCGGCUUAUUGUCAAGUGCUGACAGAACACCAUCAACAACAGGAGAAUACCCAGACAAAGACGCUACCACCAAUCAACCCGUUGCUCUUACCGCUGCUGAAGGCGUGCAUAUCAGCAUCGGACUGGUGUCGCGAAAUGGUUGUCGAAUGGGCUGAACAUGUGAUUUUCCAGAUUGAUCGGUCGAUAUCGCAUACUAUCUUGGCUUGUCUCGCCAAUGAUGAUGUGUCUGCGGUUGCCCGCAAAGCGACAAGAACAUUGAAACGUCUAUCGUUUCCAGUUUCGACGGAUUCCGACAUCGCGACAGCACUGCGUUUCUUUGAUCUUGAGCAGAGCAGCAUGGAUCGUGAUAGGGUCGCGGGCGACUUGCAGAGCCGCAUUCUGACUCUCACGGGAACGCACAACGGGCUUUCCAACAACAUGGCCUAUCAAGUGCUGCAAAAUUUCGAGUUUGAUGUGGACGCCGCGGACAAGGCUCUUGCGGAAGACAGGCAAUCCGCCUUGGGAAGUCCCAAUGGGAACCAAAAGGACAGCGAAGCAAUGGGAAUCGACACUGAACAUGAUGAUGACAUGGAGGUUGACAUUGCAGAAGACCCAAACACGUGCCAAGUAUGCUGGGACGAUUUAUCGGAUGCUGAUGGGUUUGCGCUACAGUGUGGUCAUCGUUUCUGCAAUGACUGUUGGGAAGGAGGUCUUGACGCGGCGAGUGGGAGCCCAUCUUCCAAAGAGCUUGCCACCUUUACCUGUCUGCGUCACGACUGCCAAGAGAGGCUGGGCGCGGAAGAAGUGAAAGCCAUUGCUCCUCGGCUCGUGCAAGCUUUCGAGGCGGCAACUCUCAAGUACUUUGUCUCUCGAUGCUCCGACUACGCCCUGUGUCCAGGGCCCAACUGCACUGCAGUGGUCCAUCGCUCCGGCGCACACAAACAACAGCAGCAAGUGGAUUGCCGCAACUGCUUGUCGUCCUUUUGCUUUGAAUGCGGCAGCGAACCUCAUGCACCAGCCGACUGUGCCGUAAAGCGCCGGUACAUUGCCUCCAGCGAACGAGUAAAGGCACAUGAAAAUGAAGUUGAACACAAGACAAUCCCCUGUCCCAGCUGCGGCGUCUUGAUCAAGAAGGAGGGUGGCUGCAACCACAUGACAUGCAAAUGCGGACAUGAAUUCUGUUGGAUCUGUUUGUCGGCGAAUUGGCAAGACCACGUGUGCAAUGUCUAUGAUUCGUUGAAUGGAGUGAAUGAUCUGCAGAGAAUUCAAUUCUUCCGACGCCGUGUGGAUGCACAUGUGCAGUCCGCGGAAGCUACACGAGAACUCUUGAAUGACUUUGACAACGCAGCUCAAGAGCUCCAAUCGCGCCUCCGCUUUUGCGAGGAAGCCCACUUGUUUAUUUUGAAGGAAGCGUGGAAGAUGCUUCUCCAGGGUCGGAACUACCUUGCCAACUCCUACAUUGCCGCCUAUGGAUUGGCCCCGACCUUGAGCGACACAAACCGGCGCGAGUUUGAAGCCCACCAGUCCCAGCUCCAGCUGUUUGUGGAACAACUGAGUUACCUCAGCGACAGCCUUCCUGAUGUCUACCGCAGCCAUCGCCAAGAAGACUUUGUAGUACGAUUCCGUGGCUUACAUUUUUGUACUAUUGCAGUGGCAGGAUACAUCCAGCGCAUGGAAGACUGUGCCAAUCGACUGUUUUGUAGUGUGGACAAUAAACAGUGAGGGAGUACAAACUGAAGCAGAUUUUGUUUGGGUGUCUUGGUGCUGCCCCACCUCCAAAUCACAAGUUAAAUUUAAUUGUACCCAUGGGAUGAUUCUGUUCAUACGGUACCAAACUAGAAAGCAGUUUUCUGGCUAUGAAUAAAAAUCCAGAACUACAAGUUUUGACCUAUCUAUGCUGUUCCGUCCCGUGUGCUCGCCACACUGGGUUUUGUUGUUGUUGGAUGGGACGAUUACAAUGAUGCACACCGUUGCUUCUGGCACACUGCCAUGCACACAAACAAAUAAAUAAACAACCACCAAAACCGAAGGAUUCCAGAUCCCUCAUUAUUAUUUGUCCUUUUUGCUGUCUGUUGCUUCCUUGGUUGUUGUUGUCUCUUCUUCUUCCCUUUCCCAAAUGGGUGGUAAACAACUGUAGAUUUGUUCAAAACAUUGUUUCUUCAAUUCCUGUCUGUCUUCUUGUCCCGUGACUUUGAUGGGUUUGUGUACGGUGAGCUUGAUUUCUGGCACGGUGGUUCUGAUCAAUGGAUACCAUGUUUCCCAGACAUUCAUGGGAAUAUCAAUGGAUAUUGGUACAAUGGUACUUUUGUUGUUUUGUGCAAUGACAAAGGCUCCUUCUUUGAACGGCAAUCGUUUGGCCAUGACCCGUGUUCCUUGGGGAAACAGAAACAUGGGGAUUCCCGACUGUACGGAGGCAUCGGAUUUUUCAAAGAGUGUGGAAACGGAUUUUUUGUUCUUGCCCUUGACUCGGUUGAUCAAUACGUGAUCGCCAGUGUACAUGAUCAAUCCAACGCCGGGUACGUAGAGUACGGAUUGUUUGGCAAUCCAUUUGAAUCGUCGAUGGAUAAAGUAGACGGCUCCAAGGUCAAUCUGGGAGGCGUGAUUGGCGAUAUAGACGGGUGCGGGUACGGAAAGGUCUUCGGGGGGCAAGUUUUCGACCCCAAUCACAGUGACCUUGCCCAGCAUGCCACAGCAGAGAUAGGAACCGGUUUUUUCGACCCACACAUUGCACUCCUUGACAAUAUCGGGUGUCCCGAAUAGGAGAAAGUAUUUGAUCCAAAUAAUGGUACAUCCAACUGCCGAAGAAGUGAUCCAUACAAUGUUGAACAGGAAUACCUUGACCAUGGCAAAGGGAGAUAAGGAAGGCAUGUUGGCUGGAGCCCAAAUCUUGCGUUCUUGCAGCGCUGCCACCAGGGAAGAUACUACUGUGGCCAGAGCAAAGAAUCCCAGGAUGAACUGGAUUGCCAUUUUCAGCACGGAUAGUGGAUCCAUCUUUUUGAAUAUUUUGGAAGAGAGAAUAGAAUGAUAGAGAGAGCUUUUUGUGAACUGUCGCUUGAAAAUUUAUA